AGUGUGAAAGCCAUAGAAGACAAUGGCCUGGAAGCUGCUGAUGGGAGUGUGCUUGCUGGUAGCAUCCAUGAGUCAGGUUAUUAGCAGCGUCCAGUCGGGAGGUAACACCCUGAACCCAGCCGUGCUGCAUCCAUGGAGGACGAGAAGUGCAGGUCUAAAUCGGGUGAAGAGGGACUGGAUCAUUCCUCCUAUUCGGGUUACUGAAAACAGCAAGCAGGUCCCCGAGUACCUGGUCCAGAUCAAAUCAGACAAGAUUUUCACUGGAGAGGUGAUCUAUAAGCUGGAGGGACCCGGGGUCGACCAGGAGCCCAAGGACUUUUUUGAAAUCGAUGAUAAAUCAGGAUGGAUCAAAAGCAAAAAGCCACUGGACAGGGAGAAAUACAGGAGUUUCAAGCUCAAAGCCUUCGCCCUGUCACCCAGUGGAGAGCGACUGGAGAACCCCACCACCAUCGAGAUUUAUGUGCUGGACCAGAAUGAUAACAGACCAGCCUUUAUAAAAGAGGAGUUUAUUGGAUCGGUGCCUGAAUUUUCCAUUCCAGGGACUUCGGUGUUGACCGUAUCAGCCGUGGACGCCGACGACCCGGCAACAGACAACGCCAUGCUGAGCUACUCCAUCACGGCUCAGGACAGCUUACCUCCAUUCAGCGUUAACAAGACAAUGUUCGGCAUCAAUAACGUAACAGGCGUGAUCUACAUCCGAGAUGUGGGACUGGACCGAGACCUGGUGCAGUCGUUCAGGCUCACUCUGCAGGUGGCUGACAUGUCCGGGAUGGGACUCACCAGCACUGGAAGAGCCAUCAUUCACAUCAUAGACAUCAAUAACCAUGCCCCAAAGUUUGAACCCAUCACGUACACAAUGUCUGGUGUGGAGAAUAAAGCUAAUUUUGAUCUGGGCAGAGUGAACGCUACAGAUAAAGAUCAGAAGAAUGGAGAGAACUGGAGGAUUACUUAUUCCAUUAUAAGCGGAGAUCCAACUGGAAACUUUGCCAUCCGGACCGACCCGGUUACCAACCAAGGAAUCAUCUCUGUAAUGAAGCCCCUGGACUACGAGACCCGAGCAGAGUACCAGCUGGCUGUGAGAGCGGAGAACGAAGUCCCUCUGAGUAUAAAAGCUCCAUAUGAACAGCCCAGCACCGCAACCAUCACCAUCAGAGUUCUGAACGAGAACGAGGCUCCACGCUUCCACAGGAACCCCAUACAGGUGUCCGUACCAGAGUCCAUCACGCCCAGGUCUCACCUCGUCUCAGACAUCGCCCACGAUCCCGAAAACACCAAGCUUAGGUUUGAGAUUACUCAUGAUCCUGAGGGUUGGCUAGCAAUCAACCACGAGACUGGAGCUAUCUCAGCCAAGAAGAAGUUCAACAUCCGUUCACCAUACGUCAAAAAUAACAAGUACACAGCUCUGAUAAAGGUUACUGACCAGGACGGCACCUCCUCCACAGCCUCGGUGGAGAUCACGCUGUGGGAGACCAAUGAUUUCGCCCCUGUGCUCGUCCCUCUGAACGGCAUCGUGUGCAGUAACAGGGAGCGACACCGGCUUGGCCUGAUGCUCAGCGCUGUAGAUAAUGACCUCGCUCCUCAUGCUGACCCCUUCACCUUCGACCUGGCUGAUGGAGACCUGACUGUCAACUGGACCAUCAUCCAGCUCAACGAGACUCAUGCCAUGCUGCAGCCUGUGGUAGACAUAGACCGGGGUGAGUUCUCCAUCCCCAUCGCAGUAUCAGACUCGGGUUCUCCCGCCCUCUCCUCCAACGCCCUGGUGAAUGUGACCGUGUGUCCGUGUGACAUGGCUGGACAGUGUAUGACCGGUGGAGUGGCCGCCAUUUUUGGAGCCAAAGCUGGAAUCAGCCUCAUCGCGCUUAUAAUCAUCAUGGCCAGCGUCGCUCUUCUGCUGUUGUUAAUUCUGCUCGCCGUCGCUGUGAGGAGCUGCACCGGGCGCGGCGUUAAGAAAGCGCGAGGCCUGCUGGUCGGCGAAUCCGAAGACGACGUGCGUGACAACGUGUUCAACUACGACGAGCAGGGCGGAGGAGAAGAGGACGAGGAUGGCUUCAACUUCGAUUUUCUGAGACCCCCUAAUGAUAUGAUCUCUCCACCGGAAACCUUCGGCCAACCAGGGUCCGGCCUUCCCAAAAGAAAACAGCCAAGGAGGAGGGACUUUCCAUAUAAUCUGCCUUCACCUGUGUACCCACGCAAACCCCCAGGAGACCCCACAGACAUCGAGGACUUCAUCAACGACGGUCUGGCUGUCGCGAACGAAGACCCCAACGUGCCUCCGUAUGACACGGCUCUGAUCUACGAUUACGAAGGCGAUGGCUCUCUUGCAGGAAGCCUGAGCUCCAUCGCCUCCGUGGGUUCCGACGAGGACCAGGACUACGACUACCUCAACGACUGGGGGCCGCGCUUCAAGAAACUGGCCAACCUGUACGACCCGCGCUAAUGACCAGGCUCCCGUCCCCACACGGAGCUCCCGCAGGUCAAACUCAGUUCGACAUUCCCCGUUCGUAUAGACUUGGGGGGGUAAUACUGCUGCCCUGGCUUGUAGGGACGGGACCUGCGUGUGGAUCGUUGAUGGAAGAUCUGCACAAUGUGCAUUUUGAAUUUGACGCUCGUGUUCCUGAGAAAGGUCGGCGCCGGAUCCGUGAGCGGUUUUACUGGGCUGAUGUGAGGAGAGCAUGUCAGUUCACCCUGACAUUAAAAGAACAGACAGCAGUUAUUGCAGACUAAUUAACUUCUAUUAAAGUCCAGAGAUCAUAGUGACA